UCGUCCGCUUCGCCCUAGCAUUCGCUUGCGUUCUCUAACGGCCCGUCCUGAACGGGGAAUGCGAAGAGAGAGGGGGACAGAAGAUACAGAAAGCGAACGAAUGCUUCACGUAUCAAAAUUGAUCUCAGUAAAUAUGUUUUCAUUGAAAGCUGUAGAGAAAGGGAACCAAAUGAACUACGAAUUGAUGGUCUAUAUGGAAAAGGAUAUCGAGGAAUGGGAUAAGGGUAUUGUUGCAGCCGUCAAAAGGGGCAAUUUCUGGUUGAAACUGUCCAUUGAGCGCUAUAAUGUCGUAAAGACUUAUUUUCAUUCGGAGUUCGUGGACGUGCCCGGGUCUGGGUCUGUCUCUGUCUCUGCAGACAACUUGGAUGAGUACGAGGACUUUAGCGACGAGUUGAAGCGCCUGUUCCUGCCGGACGGCGAACCAAAGCUAAUGGAAUAUAAGAUCCAAUACGAUAUCAUCAAGUCGCCGAAAAAGUGUCAGAACAAGGCGUCCAAGAAGCGUCGUUUCCGCAAGAAAACCAACAAAACAGUGAUCGAUGAGUUGUUGGAAAUCAGAAAUGCGCUCUGUUCCCCUCAGCUUGCUUUAGUUAGCAAGGAAUUCAAGGUCUCCUAUCCAACACAAGAGGAGGAUCCACAGGAAUUGGUACCAGAAGAAGUCAUAAAGGAAUCAAUCUUUUUCUAUGAAGCUCCUUUAAACAGAUCCCGCAGGCGUAGUUGGAAAGUGAAGUACUACUGAAGACAGCUCUGAUAUUCUGAAAAAUUAGAUCCAAAUUCUGGCUGUGGGUUUUGUACUGGACUGCGCCCUGAAUGCAAAUAAAAAUAGUGUACCUUCACCCCCUUCGGUUGGUCAUUGAACUGAUUGCCAAAUCGUGACAUAAAUAUCAUGAAAUUCAUUUCUACAAUAUAUAUCCUGCAUAUCCCAACA